AGUCAUGUUUGUAUCGUUUACUUAGCCCUGACUGUCUUUCGCUACAUAAUAGCUCGUUUAAAUGCUCCAGUCUUUUGUUCUCUCUCUGUCUAAUCAUGAACAGGACGCAGCUGAAGCGGUCCAACAUCUUGAGGAUGGCUCUGUCCGGCUCGGGAUCGAUGGACCCAGACGAACACGGAGAGACUUUCUUCCUCCGAGCUCUCAGGAUAGCAGUAGUGGUUGUGUUAUACUGGUUCGUCUCAAUAACAAUGGUGUUCCUCAACAAUUAUCUGCUGGAUAACGGUGACCUGGACGCACCGUUGUUUGUGACUUUCUAUCAGUGUGUGGUGACUGUCGGGCUCUGCUGGGUCAUGCAGCUCAUGUCCAGGUUGUGUCCGCCGGGAAUGAUCGACUUCCCGUCGGUCAGAUUCGACGUGAAGACGUCCCGGGAGGUGCUGCCUCUGUCCAUCGUGUUCAUAGGCAUGAUCACAUUCAACAACCUGUGCCUGAAAUAUGUCGGAGUGGCUUUCUACACAGUCGGUCGCUCCCUCAGCACAGUGUUCAAUGUGCUGCUUUCUUAUGUCGUCCUGAAGCAGACCACAUCUUUCCAAGCAUUACUGUGUUGUGCUGUCAUCUUAGGUGGAUUCUGGCUCGGUGUGGACCAAGAAAGCAUGGCAGGGUCCCUCUCUUGGUCAGGCGUCUUUUUUGGGGUGCUGGCCAGUGCCUUUGUCUCUCUUAAUGCCAUCUACACAAAAAAGGUGAUGCCUGCAGUAGAUGGAAACAUCUGGAAACUGUCCUACUACAACAACAUCAAUGCCUGUGUCCUUUUUGUCCCACUUAUCCUUGUGUUUGGAGAGUUGGGUCAUCUGGCAAGCUUCAGCCGCUUCACUGACCUCGGGUUUUGGGGCAUGAUGACCCUCGGAGGAGUGUUCGGUUUUACUAUCGGCUACGUCACAGGCCUCCAGAUCAAGUAUACGAGUCCACUCACGCACAACGUCUCAGGGACUGCAAAGGCCUGUGCUCAGACUGUUAUCGCAGUAGUGUACAACUCUUCUAGUAAAAGCAUGCUGUGGUGGACCAGUAACAUGAUGGUUCUUUGUGGCUCUUCGGCCUACACUUGGGUCAAAAGCCUAGAAAUGAAGAAGACUCCCUACAAAGUCCCUCAGGAUUCAGCCAAGGAAAAGCUGCUGUCAGGAGACAAAAGCAACUUGGGAGUAUAACGUUUUUUUUAACUAGGUUUUCACUGAGAAAUUUUCAGUUCUGAUCUUAUCAUGAAAAUGUUGAUUUUGAGAAUAUAACCGAUCAGGUGUUGAAGUGAUACAUGCAGGUUUUACACUGAUAUUGAUUGAGUUUAAUCAUGCUGAGGGUUUAUACAGUCUCAUGUAAGGUCAAAGGGUUUGAAGUCAUUUGUGUAUUUUAUUAUUUUUAUUUAAAGCUAUAUACACUCAUUUGGGGCCUUUUUAUUAUUACUUUAAAAAUGACUGAAAAAUAUAAUAAUGUGUCUUUUAUGGUGUAUGCUACCAGUGAAGGAAAAAUCCUGUUUUUAUUCACAGGGAAGAUACAAGACAUUAACUUGUAUUUGAGGAUUUUGCAUAAUUUAGAAAACUUUUCUACACCCAUUGUUUAAUUCUAGUGAUAAUAGUUUUAUUAGAGGGAAUGGCAAACCCUAAAAAUUGCUGCCAGUUUUUAUGAAUGUACGUUGUUAUUUUGUUACUGCUGUUCGGCUAGCCUCUGGCUAAGAACAUGUCUGCUUUCACAAUUAUGAACAAAGUCAAGACAAAAGAACUUUGAUCAAAAAAAUCACUCCUUUACACUGAUGCAGUCUCAAACCUGUUGUUCAUUUACUGCAGCACAUCGUCACAUAGGCUUUAUGGAAAUAUAUUUGCAUUUCAAAACUAAAGUGGGACAGACUGAAAGAGAGCAUUGUGAGGGUAUUUACUUAGAAGCCUCUCCAAUUUCAUGUGUCUUCUUACAUUUGAAAUAGGGUAUACUUGCAUCACUAUCUUUUACAACAAUAGAUUGCACUCCAACCGAGAUGUCUUUGUUUGCACUCAUCAUUCACUCUGAACUUAUGGUAUAAUGUGACGGAGGUUUGGGUAAAACAUUGUCUGUAUUCCAAACCAACUUUUUGAAAGGUCUUUGUUACAUUUCAGAAACAAAGCUCUAUAGCUUAUGUAAAAUGAAACAUUAAAGAUGGUGUACAACUCAACUAUUUCCUUUUUUUUUAGUUAUAAGAGAAAAUUAUGUCAUUAUGCUCGCUUCUUGAUGUGCGUGGUGAAUAAUGAAAUUAGAGGUCCAUAGAGCUA